AUGCCAGCUCAGUCUGGAGGCUCCCCAGAGUCACCUGUGGAAGCAGCAGCACAUGGAGCUGCUGCAUCUCCUGCAAGCAAUGAAGACUCAUUAGCAGCAGAAUCUGUGGACUGUGCUGCUGCUGCUGCUGCAGAAGGGGGGAACUGCUGCUCCCUCGAUGCAGCCCUGGGCCUGGGAGAUGAGCCCAUUGAAGAGCAGCAAGCUGACACAGAGGCGGAAAAUGAGCAGCCAGAGGAGCCGCUGCUGCUGCUGCAGCAAGAGCUGCAUGCAUCUAGCGGCUCCCCUUGGAGCGGCGGUGCGAUCAGUGCUGAGGGAACCAGCAGCAGCAGCAGCAGCAGCAGCAGCAGCAGCAGCAGCAAAGCGCCGGAUGCUCUUAAAAAGGAAACAGAUCCAGAAAAGGCAGCAGCAGAAGCAGCAGAACGAAAGGCAAGAGCUGCUUGCGUCAAGAGGGCUCAGGAUCUGGAGAAGAUUUGGCUGCUGGGGUGGGCAGCAUGGCUGCAGGGUCUCAACAGCAGUGUCAUAGAAGGCCGCAGCAGCAGCAGCAGCAGCAGGAGCGGCAGCAGCAGCGCUUCAAAAUGCACGCCGCUGCUGCAGGGGGCAUGUCUUUCUGCGUACAUUGCCUUCUGCAGCAAGGCUCAGCAGCAGCACCAGGAGCACCAGCAGCAAACAGGUGCUGCGCACAGAAGUCGCCGUUUGCUGCUGCAGCAUCUGCAGCUGCUGCAGCAGCAAGUCUCACAGGCUAAAGAAGAAGCUUCGGCUUCUUCUGCAGCAGCAGCUGCAGCGGCAGCUGCAGCAGCAGCUCCCGCCGAUGCAGCAGGAGACCGCACUGAGGCGUCCGCACCAACAAGGGGCUCAGUGGGUGAAUCAGCAGCAGCAACAGCAGCAGCGGUGGCAGCAGCACCAGGGUCUGCUGCUGCUGCUGCUGGCACAAAGACAGAGGGGGGCGAGUACUGCAUUCCUGCUGACGGAUUUGCUGCUUUUUGCUUCAUCUCCAAUCUUCAGCUGCUGCCGGAGAACCGUUUGUGUCACCCCUUCUUUGCAGCGUCGGUGCCGCAUGCUGCUGCUGCUGCUGCUGCGGCGCGCAGGGCGCAGCACGCGUACCAGCAGCAGCAGCAGGCUGCUGCAGCUGCAGCUGCAGCAAGACUUUCCACUGAAGAGAUCGCCGCUGCCAAAUCCGCCUCCGAGGCAGCAGCUGCUGCGGUCCUCUCCAGCAUGCGCCAUUCUUCGCUGCAGCAGCAGCGGGAGCAGCAGCAGCAGCGUGUUCCAAAGGAAGAGGAUGGAGAGCACAAAGGCCCCAGCAGCUGCAGCAGCAGCAGCAGCAGCAGCAGCAGCGAACGGGUGGCUCUGCUGCGGCCAGCGCUGCCCCUUGCUGCGAGCCGCCGCAUGCCUUUCCCAUUUGGAUUCUCUUCGGUCCUUUUCAGGGCUUUGGGGGCUUUGAAUUCUUCGAAGGCCUCAAGUGCCCUUCUGGCUGUGCUGUUUGUGGCCCUCUGCCGCGCCUUAGACCUCAACGCCCGGCUGGCCGUGUUGCUGCCGCCUGCAGGUCUCCGCACUCCCAAGACGGAGCAUGAUAGCGCCUGCGUGUCGGCCCCUCCCAGCUGCCUAGUUCGUCUCUUCGAGGCUGCGGGCCUGCCUCUGCCGCCGUUUGCUGCAGCAGCAGCAGCAGCAGCAAGAGCAGCAAGAGCAGCAGGCGCAACAGGAGCAGCCGCAGCAGCAGAUGGACAAGGGCGCCGACGAGCCACAGGGCACCCGCGAGCGGCCGUGGGCGCGCAGCAGCAGCAGCAGCAGCUUUUGAGGGCGAGUCCAUACGACUGUCUUUUUUGUGUCCGAAAGCCACCAGCAGCAGAGUCAGCAGCAACAGGAGCAGCAGAAGUUGCAGGCCCCCCAGUGCCCACUGCCGCAGGUCGGCUGCGUGCUGCUGCCACACGGCUGCUGCCUCACAGGAGACAGGCCCGUAGCGGAGCGGGGAGAGCAGCAGCAGGAGCAGCAGAAGUGACAGCAGCAGUUGAGCAGCAGCUGCCGCCCUUGAGCAGGUCCGAGCUGCUGCAGCUGCUGCAGCUGCCGGCGCCCCUGCAAAUGUGGGGCGAAGUUUUCUGCCCCCACGAGAAGCGCUGGAUUGCCUGUGUCUUCAAGGGGCCGCAGCAAUCUGUUUAUGAUGCUGCUGAUGUUUUGGCGGGGCGCAGGCUGCCCACAGUCUCCCCUCCUGCUGCAGCAGCAGCAGACGCGGCUGCUGCAGCAGCAGGUUGCUUUGCCCCGAGAGCAGUGGACGUUGCGCAGGAGACCCUGCAGCUGAUUUUUCUCAAGCGCUGCUGCGCGGUGCAGCAGCAGCAGCUAGCCGAGCUGCGCAAGACACAGCAGCGGGCAAAAGAGGAACUAUUGAAGCUGCAGCAGCAGCAAGAACUAGCUGCUGCAGCAGAGCGCAAAGCCCGCUCCCUUACUAGUGGACUUCUUCUUACUGCGAAACCCCCACGCCGCGCAGCUUCAGCAGCUCGAAAUCGCAGCAGCAGCAGCAGCAGCAGCAGCAGCAGCAGCAGUGACAGCGAAUCUGACGCAGAGGGAGACGCAGAAGCAAGUGAGCAAAAAACCCAGGACGCUGAAGACUUGAAGACUGAAGGCAUUUCGGAGUGUGCGGCAUCCAAACAAGCAACAGCAGCAGCAACAGCAACAGCAGCACCAACAGCAACAGCAGCAGCAACAGCAACAGCAGCAGUGCGCCGUUUUGCUUCCCCAGGUCAACGGCGACCUCUCUACUGGGAAGCCGGGCAAUGGGGCAUCCUUUUCUUAAAGCCGGACUACCUAGUUCUUAUUGUGUUUCCCCAGCCGCAGCAGCAGCUGCAGCAGCAGCAGCAGGUGCUACAGUCUCCUGUGCUGCGCUCGCUGCUGUGGCAAAUGCAGGCCAGAAUCUCACAGCCCCCACCGCAGCUGCAGCGUCUGCUGGCAGCUGUAGCAGAUGCGACGGAAGGGGCCUCUUCUGAGCCCAGCAGCAGCAGCAGCAGCAGCAGCAGCAGCAGCUACAGCAGCAGCAGGCGCAGCGUCACGGCGGCGCCUCACGAGAUGGCAGAAGAGGCCGCGCUGCUGGCUGAUGAGUUUGCUGCUGCAUGGAAGCAAAGCAGCAGCAGGAAAAGGGGCCCCGCGCAGUCCACUGGGGGACUUGGCUCUAGAGCUGCCGGAGGCACGGGGAAACGCAAGGCAGCAGCAGCAGCAGCAGCAGCAGGCGGUGGCGAACUCUUAGGCUUAGAUUUCCUUCGCGCCCGCAAACAGGCACGAGGAGGCGCUCUGCUGCGGCAGCGACAUGCGCAGCAGCAGCAGCCGCAGCAGCCGCAGCAGCAGAGAAAGCAGCAGCAGCCGCAGCGUAGACGGUCAGUAGAUGGACUUCUCCCAGCAGCACAGCCUGCUGCCUCCAGCGUGUCAAAGGAAUCUGAAGAAGGCCCACCGUGGGAAGCUGCUGCACGGCUUGGGAGCUCGAAGGCUUCUUUGCUGCAGCCGCAGGCGCAGCAGCUGCUGCAGCAGCAGCCGCAGCAACAGCAGCAGCAGCAGCCCCUCGUUUCCGCCCUAGACCAACAAGGGCGCGACGCAGUCCGCUUUAUUUUGGCAGUGGAGUCUUCAGGAGAGCUGAAAGAUGUGACCCACAGAUACGUCUCUAGGGUGCUAAGGCCGCCAUCAGCCCACUUGGCUUCGCUCUCCACCGCCCAGGUGCUGCACCGCUAUCCGCACCUGCUGCGGCAUCAGCAGGAGAAGCAGCAGCAGCAGCACUUGGCGCUGCAGCAAAUGUGGAGCAACCAACGCUUGGCGCUAAAAGCUAAGAACCCCUGUCUGCGUUCGGCCAUUCAGCAGCAGCAGCAACAGCAGCAGCAGAAGCCACUGACGCAGGAAGUGGGCCUCUUUGCAGAAUAUCAGACAGAGCCCAUGGAGAGACAGAAAGUCGCUGAUGGCCGUCUCCCUGUGGGGCCGCAGGGGACCAUAGAAGUUGGCGAGCUAGCGCCGGUGCCAGUGGGGGCGACCCACUUGUCUGUGACCGAGUGGCAGCGGGAGAACUCCAGAUCGGCGUUGAGCGCAGCUUCUCUGGGGCAGGCGCUGCAGACUGCAGCAGCAGAAGUCUUGGGGGCCCCCGGGGAGGGCAAGUGGGCCCCUGCUGUUGUGGGUUUUGAGCGGGAAGUGGGGGGUGCCUGGCGGGCUGUGCGCGACGGGGUGGUAGUGGUGGAAGCAGCAGCAGCAGCAGUGCGCAGGCGGUGGCAGCAGAUUGCUGCGGAAAGAGAAGCAGCUGCUGCCAGGAGGAGGGAACAGGCGCGCAAUGCAAAGCUACAGCUAGCCUACAAGAAGUGGAGAGCCCUAUUUAAGGCCAUUCUCUACGCUGCUACCUACAAGCAGGACCACCCUCUAGGGCGGCAGCAGCUGCAACAGCGGGCGCAGCAGCAGCAGCAGCUGCUGCUGCAGCAGGUGCAGCAGCAGCAGGCUGGGCUCACGGCCAGAAGUAGCAAAUCGCCCCCACCUGCGACCCCCCAAGAGGCCGCGAGUUUGUCUUCUCCCGUGGCUGUCUCCAACGCGGAGGCCAUCUGGGAAACAAUUUAG